AUGUCGCUGUCGCGGAAGAAGGCUCCCCUUCCUCCGAUCACCACAGGCGGCAAGCCACCGCUCCCGAACAAAGACCUCCAUCCACAUCUAGCAGAUUUUGGCUUAGCCAUGUUUCAAAAGGAUAUUAAGCAUGUUUCAGUUGAGAACUGGAAAUCAUCUGGCAAGCCCACUGGUGGUUUCCAUAAAAAGAAUAUGGUUGGGACACUAAUUUACAUGGCACCAGAAAUUUUGAGAAAGGAUAUACAUACAGAAAAGUCUGAUGUAUAUAGCUUUGCAAUAUCUAUCAAUGAGCUUCUUACUGGUGUGGUGCCUUAUACAGAUCUUAGAGCAGAAGCACAGGCACACACUGUUCUUGAAAUGACAUGUACUGAACAACAACUUACAGCAGCAAUUGUUUCUCAAGGAUUGCGUCCAGCACUUGCCCUUCCUGAAUCUGGUGCCCCACCAACUCUUUUGUCACUUAUCCAGCGUUGCUGGGAUCCUGAUCCUGAAAAGAGACCAUCAUUUGAAGAUAUAAUUGAUGAGCUAAAUACAGUUCAAAAGCAUUUAGUUUCAAAUGCUUCCGUUCCAUCAUCUGCUUCCUCAGAGUAUCAUCCAACAUUAAGUUGGGGCUCUUUUGCAACAUGUGGUCGAAGGGAAACUAUGGAAGAUACCCAUUUUGUGCUUCCCCAUAUGAGUGAAGAAAAGGAUGUUUUUGCCUUUGGCAUUUUUGAUGGCCACAGAGGUUCAGCAGCUGCUGAAUUUUCUGUCCGAGCAGUCCCUGGAUUUCUCAAGCAAUUUGGUCAGGGUGCAAGCCCAACUGACGCCCUUUCAGAAGCAUUUGUAAGGACUGACAUAGCAUUUCGAGAAGAACUAAUUCUUCACCGAAAGUCAAAAAGGAUAAUCCAAAAAGACUGGCAUCCUGGUUGCACGGCAGUAACAGCCCUGAUAGUGAGGAACAAGCUUUUUGUAGCAAAUGCUGGUGAUUGCCGAGCAAUCUUGAGCCGUAAUGGCAAACCAUUUCCGUUGACCAUGGAUCAUGUCGCUAGUUGUCCAAAUGAAAGAGAACGAGUAACAAAGGCAGGAACAGAAGUAAAAUGGCAAAUAGAUACUUGGCGAGUGGGUUCAGCUGCUCUUCAGGUUACAAGGUCAAUUGGUGAUGAUGACCUCAAGCCAGCAGUCACAGCACAACCUGAGGUUAUUGAAACUGCUUUAUCAGCUGAUGAUGAGUUCCUGGUGAUGGCUAGUGAUGGCCUAUGGGAUAUGGUAAGCAACGAGGAUGUGCUGUCGAUAAUCAAGGACACAGUUAAAGAGCCUGGAAUGUGCUCCAAGAGGUUGGCCACGGAGGCUGCAGAGCGGGGCAGCAAAGACAAUAUCACUGUCAUUGUUGUGUUUCUUCGCCCCGUCUCCACAGCUGAGCGAAUAUACUGA